CUUGAAGAUAGCCGUCGUCGACAAUUCUCAACACCGCCCAAACCACAACACCGCCGUCAUGCCUCACUCGUACGGUCUGCGCGCCGGCACUCGGUAUGCCUUCAGCCGCUCCUUCAAGGAGCACGGUAUGAUCCGUCUGUCUACCUACAUGAAGACCUACCGUGUUGGUGACAUUGUCGACUUGAAGGUUAACGGUGCCGUCCAGAAGGGUAUGCCCCACAAGGUCUACCACGGUAAGACCGGUGUCGUCUACAACGUCACCAAGUCCUCCGUCGGUGUCCUCCUCUACAAGCGUGUCAACAACCGCUACCUCGAGAAGCGCAUCAACGUCCGCAUCGAGCACGUCCAGCACUCCCGCUCCCGUGAGGAGUUCAUCAACCGUGUCAAGGAGAACGCCAUCAAGAAGCGUGAGGCCAAGGAGAAGGGUGUCCACGUCCACCUGAAGCGCCAGGCCCUUGGCCCCCGUUCCGGCCACACCGUCUCCGCCGCCGGCAACGCCCCCGAGACCGUCGUUCCCAUUGCCUACGACACCAACAUCUAAGCGGCUCUUCCGUCGAUUAGGGUCUUACUGGGUUUCGGUGCGCGAGGUUGUUUGGUGUUGUUCUUUUUACAAAACUGGGUUUUUACUCUGGCUGUCUUGUCCAUCUCUCUCAUGUUGUGGGAUGGCAAGGCGGACCGUUCUGGCUGCAUGAGACGACGCGUGAAGGGUUUCCGAUUGCCCUGGCACAAUCUCGAGCCUCUGCAUAGAUUCCCCUGAAUGAAACAAAAUCAAAAAUUUCCCGAGUUCAUGAUAUUCUUCCUAGUUUGGUGGGCUGGUCCGGCAGGGUUUGGUCGAGAAUCGGUUUGGAGUCGGUCGCCAGCACGAGAUGAACUGCGCCAGCACAGCUCUUGCUAGUCUGCUGGCUAGCCAGGCCUGGGCCUGGCUAGUUUUCGUCUGGAUUGUAGUUUGUAGUUCUGAUUUCUAGACUUGCGAUCCUUCGACCUGGACCUGACAUGGGUAAAUCGCUCUGGAACGUUCUGGCCAUCGCCGGGAACAUGAUCGACGAUCGUAUUUUGACGUUCACAUGGUUCCCCCGAUAACCUCAUCCGACCGAUGCGCCUGACUUCAUCUUUAGCUCAUUUACCCCUACGCUAGUACCGUCCACGUCAAAUGCACCCCAG